AUGCAGUCGCAACCAGACUCCCAUAACGGGGCAGGCGAGGCAAGCACGCCUGCACCUGCACCUGCAUCUCCCCCAGACUAUCCCUUACAGGAGAUCGAACCAUUCAAAGACGAACAUGAACGCGACAGCGAAGACGAGGACCUAAGCCUCGAUUUAGAAUUGGGCGACAUCCCCCUCCUGCCCCGGCACAUGGAUCUCCCCGAAAAAGGCGCGUACGAGCCGCCGUUUUCUUGUACGCCGUCCGGGUUUUGUGCCUGGCUCCGCGGGCCAAAGCCACCGCAGGUGUAUCAUAUCAACCCUUGGUUCUCGCGGUUACAGGCUGCACCGGGGCGUCUGAUAGAUCGUAAAUUUCCGAAGAGGAGUUCGAAGAUUGCGCUCCUUUUUGGAGGGCUUGUUUUUUGGAUUAUUGUUUUCUUUUUCUCGCUUCAGGCUUCUAUUGCUGGGCGGGAUGUUCUGGGGUACGGCCAGCCUGUUAAGUUGGGGUGUCAUCAUCGGCUUUGGAAUAAUGCCACGAACUGUGGUAUGAAUGGUGACCUCUGUCGUCCUUUUGAGGAUCAGUCUUUUGCUUUCCGCUGUCCCGCGGGCUGUGCACAGGCUAUCCUUUUGGAACCUUAUGUUGUUGGUGCUGAGGAGUAUAACUACCGUCCGCUGGUUAUUGGUGGCAAGCCUUUUAAGUUGGAUGGUCACAAUAGCGGCAUUUACCGUGGUGACUCGUCGAUUUGCGCGUCCGCUCUGCAUGCUGGUAUCAUCGAUGAUGCGACUGGUGGAUGUGGCAUUGUGCACCGCACUGGCGAGCAGCAGAACUUCCGAUCGGUGGUUCAGAAUGGGAUUGAGAGUAUCAACUUCCUUUCGAGCUUCCCGAUGUCGUUUCGACUCACCAGGGAGGCUAACUUAACGGACUCGGGCGACGCAAAGCUAAUCAAAUGCUCGGAUGUUCGUUGGUUGUUGUUCGCUUUCACAUUGGUAUGGACUACUCUCCUGUCAUUGGUUGUGACGUCUGCCCCGGCGUUCUACAGCGCGAUCUAUUUCAUCGUCUGGUUUGAAGUCGCCAUGGCAUCUGAUCCACCCUCGAGCGGGACAUUAUAUGACCUGAUCUCAAUUGGCCUCGGUCGUUUCCUACCGGGCGCAUUUGUAGGCUUCGUGAUCUACCACUUCUGCGUCCGGCACACCCUACGCAAUCUGGAAGCACAUUGGGACAAGACCGUCCUCUGGCUCGGCGGCUGCUGGGUCGGCGCCUUGAACACAGACACCUUCGACAGAAUCCCCAUCUCCCGCCUAACACCCCACGAUAUCCAGCAACAGCCCGGCGCACUGACAGCCCUGAUCAUCAUCGUUGGAUCACUCGUCGCAAUCGCCUUCGGCCAAGCACAUUGUUUCCGUCGCGAAGGCCGCUUUUUCCCCACCCUAAGCAUCUACGGCGUCCUCGUCGCAGUCAUCCUCAUCCUCGUGGCAGUUCCACACAUGAAUCUACGCAUCCAUCAUUACAUCCUCUCCCUUGUUUUCCUGCUCGGAACAACCCUUCAAACCCGUCCUAGUCUCCUAUAUCAGGGUAUCCUCGUCGGCCUAUUCAUCAACGGCAUCGCCCGUUGGGGCUUUGACUCCAUCCUCCAAACACCCGGCGCGCUCCUGGACGGCGCUAAACUGGGUACAAUCCCACCGAAAAUCUAUCCUCCAUCCAUCGUCGAUCGAAACAGUUUGAUCUUCGCAUUUCCGAAUAUCGAAUCCAACGCCGACGGUCUGAGUGUCCUGGUAAACGACGUCGAGCGCUUCCAAGCCUUCCGGUCUAAAGAUGGUCAGCCACUGCCGGACUUUUCUUGGACUCGUUCCGUUCCAAAUGAGUUGGAGUACUUCCGUUUUGGAUAUGUUCAUACGAAUUCCUUGGGUGGUCUUUGGUAUGAGGACUUUUCACCACCGGCUGUUUGGAAUGCUGAUGGUGUCUUUUCUUUCCCUGACCCUGAGGUUGCCGAGGAGGCUGAAUCGGAGGAAUAG